ACUGUUGAUGUCACGUGUAAAUUAAUCUGCCUCAUCAGCAAACUGGGGUGUGUCUACCACUAUAUAUCUAUGGUCUAUUGUACACUUUAAAAGGAAGCUACCCAAGUCUGUCAAGCCCUUCUCUCUAGCUCUAGCUCUGCAGUUACCCAAUAGUUCCUCAUUACUAAACUACUGUAAUGUCGGAUCUCCAGUCUGAACCACCAGUGGAGGAAUCAUCAGUAGAGAAUGGGUUCUCCGGAGCUAUCCCAGUCUCCACCGACCCUCCCGAGACCACACCCACUGAGCAGGAAUCAUCCCACACACCCGAGGACACACAAACAUCACAAGAUGACCCCACAAAGAGUGAGGCCCCGCCCUCUCAAACACAGCCGGAACCCACACAGCCAGAGCCGAAACAGUCCCCUCCUGCAGCUGCUUCAGCAAAGCCUAAGACCACCCCCUCGUCGCAGGGGAAACCCCCUGCAGCUAAGGCCACGCCCCCUGAUGGCCCUCAGGACAAGAAGGCCAGAGAGUUCAUAGAACAAGCAGAGAAGAAGCUCAAGUCAUCCCAGGGCUUCUUUGGAAGUAUAUUUGGGAGUGGCACUGUUAAGAAGGAGGAGGCAGCUGACCUCUUCGUGAGGGCAGCCAAUGCCUACAAGGUCGGCAAGAGGUACAAAGCUGCUGGUGAGGCGUUUAGACGUGCUGCUCAGAUCCAUAUUGAACUGGACGUUAAGCACGAGGCAGCCAGCACGCUAGUGGAGGCAGGUCAGGUGCUCAAGAAGGACGAUGCUACAGAGGCCACUGAGUGUUAUCUGAAGGCAGUCGAGAUAUACACUGAUAUGGGACGGUUCAGCCUGGCGGCACGUUACCACAACACAGUGGCAGAUAUAUUUGAGACGGAGGUACAGGACUAUGAACAAGCUAUCACUCAUUACGAGCAGGCCUCGGACUUCUACAAAGGAGAGGAUGCAAUCUCGUCUUCAAACAAAGCUCUACUGAAGGUGGCUCACAUGUCAGCCACCAUGCAGAACUAUAAGAAGGCAGCUGAACUGUUUGAAGAAAUUGGCAUCAACUCUCUCACUAACACACUGCUCAAGUAUGCUGCGAAGGACUACUUCUUUAAAGCCUCUCUCUGUAACUUCUGCAUCAGUCCAGGCGAUGCCAGGGAUGCCACCAUUCGCUACAGACAACUCCACCCUGGCUUUGAGGGCUCCAGAGAACUAAAGCUGAUCUCAGACCUACUAGUUACAGUGGAGGAGGAGGACACAGACAAGUUUGCUGACAUUGUGACUAACUAUGACUCCAUCUCUCGACUGGAUGCCUGGACAACGGCCAUGUUGCUCAAUAUCAAGAAGGCUGUCAGUGCAGGGCCGGAUGUUAACUGAUCACACACUCUGUAGCUUUAUAGAAUUGUGUAUUGAGUUGAGUUAUUGUGUCACUGUAUUCUGAUUUAUAGUACUGCUCCAUGUUGUUUCUAAUUGUGCAUAAUAAUUGUGACUGCACUAAUGAUGUGAACCAGUGAUGGAUUAUUCAUUAGUCAA